AUGGCGGGCCCGGGGGCCUUGCUCCGCCAGUGCCCGCUGCUGCUGCCUCAGAACCGGGAGGGGACAGCCUACGAGGGCUUCGUCACCGCGCAGGGUAGAGACUUCCAUAUCAGGAUACUGUUACCAAUGGAUUUUCAACUGAAAAAUGCAAGGAUAGAGUGUAGCUGGCACCUAAAGAAGAUACUGCAUGGAUAUCGGCAUAUUUUAAAGCAGAGGCUGCACAGCUGUCCAGAUCUUGUCAGUUUUGUGGUGGAGCUGAAAACUAUUUUGGAAAUUGCUUUAAAGAAUACACAAGACCUGCAUAUAUCGCGGCCGCCAGAAUACUACUCCUGUCUUGUCAGAGAUCUAGAAAUACUGGGUUGGAAUAAAGUUUCAUAUGUGGAUACUGGUCUUACCACAAUCAAGCUAAAAGCUGAAGACUCUUGUGGUCGACAGCAUCUCAUCACUCUGAAGUUAAAUGCAAAGUAUCCAACAGAACCACCGGAUUGCCUUGUGGAUUUUCCUGUUCAGUUUGCUAUCUCGUGGAUGCCACAGAACUCCUUAAUAGACAUUUAUAACCAGUUCCUGGCGGCAUUAGAAUCGUUGAAAGAAUUCUGGGAUGCCAUGGAUGAAAUCGAUGGGAAGACUUGGGUGCUUGAGCCAGAAAAUCCCCCACGAAGUGCUACAACAAGAAGAAUUGCAAUAGGGAACAACGUCUCAGUGAGCAUAGAGGUAGAUCCUCGGCAUCCAAACAUGCUCCCCGAGUGUUACUUUCUCGGAGCAGAUCACGUGGUUAACCCUUUGAGAAUUAAGCUGAACAACAACAUGCACUUAUGGGAUCCAGAAACCAGUUUAUUACAGAACUUGAAAGACCUCUUAGAAAGUGAUUUUCCAUCUCGUGCUCUGUUAGAAAAAAGUGAUUUUGCUAAGGACUGUGGAAUCUGCUAUGCCUAUCGACUCGAUGGCACUACUCCCGAUCAAGUGUGUGACGAUCCCCGGUGUGGACAACCAUUUCACCAGGCUUGUCUGUAUGAGUGGCUGCAGGGUCUUCCUUCCAGCAGACAGAGUUUUAAUGUCAUCUUUGGUGAAUGUCCCUAUUGUAAUAAGCCACUGACACUGAAAUCUUCAACGAAGAAACUUUGA